UGCAGUGCGGCACGCCCGACUGCAUGAGCGCCACCCUGCAGACACUCAGGUACUUCGAGCCCGGCAACGUGGAGAUCGACGUGCUGACGUACACGCUGGGCAUGCUCGCCCACCCCUCCGCUCGCCUGACCUCUGACCUCCUGGAGAGCGCCAAGUACAAGCAGAGCCGACCAAUCAUGUUCGCCCUGAGCAACAUGGUCAGGAAGGUGUACCAGGCCGAGGGCAAGGUGACCCCCGAGAUCGCCGCCGUGUACGAGUACGUGUCCUCCAUCCUGGGGGGCGACUGCGCUGGAGACAAGGAGCUGACACUGCUCACCCUCAGGGUGAUUGGCAACAUGGGUGAGGCCAUGGAGGCCGCUGGCGCCGGUGUGAAGGGCACGCUGGUCAAGUGCAUGAGGCAGCCCGCCACCACCCUCUCCGUCCAGAUGGCAGCCAUCAACGCCUUCAGACGCAUGACCAUCUCCGACGAGGUGCGCUCCAACAUCCAGCGUGUUGCCCAGUACGGUAAGGGCGCGGUCCAGAAGCGUCUGGCCGCCUACCUGGUUCUGAUGAGGAACCCCGAGCCCAGCGACUACGAGAUGCUCCGCAAGAUUCUGGGUCAGGACCAGAACCCCCAGGUCAAGGCCUUCGUGGCCUCCCACGUCAACAACAUCAUCAACUCCAACGACCCCGCCACACACAAGCUGGGAGAGGAGAUCGCCCAGGCCCUGUCUGAGAUCGAGAUCACCCCCGGAGAUCUUCAGGCCUCUCACAACUACCGUAUGGAUGCCGCCGUUGCCAAGGACGCGACCCCUGUCGUGCAGGGCAACAUCAUCUUUGACCCCAGCAGCCAGCUGCCCCGCGAGGUCAUGCUGGAGACCACCCUCAAGGCCUUCGGAAGCAAGUUCGACAUCUUUGAGUUUGGAAUGGAGGGCAAGGGAUUCGAACCCGCCAUCGACGCCCUGUUCGGCAAGAACGGCUUCUUCCCCGACACCUUGGCCAAGGCCAUGUACUGGACCGGAGACAAGAUGCCCGAGAAGAUGGUCGAGGUCCUGGAGGGCUGGGGGAUGUCCAUGAAGACCGACAAGCAGGUUCCCGAGAACUUCGUGAGGGAGAUUGUGCGUAACUUCAACAAGCUGGCGAAGAACCUGCGGGCGCAGGAGGCCCCCGAGGCCAUGGCCUACCUCAGGAUCAUGGGCACCGAGCUCGGAUACAUCAAGGCCAACGAGCUGGAGGACCUCAGCUACCUCGCCGCCAUGUACGGGGAGAUCCUCUCCUACCUCCUGCCCAAGGACUUCCUGAAGCAGGUUGCCACUGGCAUGGGUAACAGCAUGACUGGCUACUACAUGUUCCUGGAUAACGAGUUCUCCCUGCCGACCGCAUCCGGAUUCCCCCUCAAGGCCGCCCUCUCCGGAACCCUGGUGCCCAGGAUGAAGGGAGCGCUCAGCAACUUCGGAAUGAGAGACGCUGUGCAGGAGGUGUCCUUCAUGCCCUCUGUGGGCGUUGAGUUCGUGACCAAGAUGGGCGUCCACAUCCCCCAGUUCGUGGACGCGGGCCUGGAGAUGCACAGCAACGUGUACCACGAGAGCAGCCUGCGCGCCAGGCUCCAGAUCGCCAACAACCAGAUCAGACUGAGCAUGCCCGCCCCCGAGGGACCCACCCAGCUCUUCCGCGUCAGCAACAGGCUGCUGUCUGUGAGCGCUGGCCAGGCUCAUCUCAUCCCCUCCGUUGCCGAGGGCAGGACCAACGUGCACGAGUGCGCCGCCCUCUUCAAGGGAAUGCAGUACUGCACCACCGCUCGCUACAACAUGGCCGCCUCUGAGGAUGCUCCUUACUUCCCCCUCAACGGAGAGACCAAGUUUGCUAUUGAUGUCCAGCCCACUGGAGAUGUGUCUGAGUACACUGCCACCGUGACCUAUGACCUCCUGUCUGAGGGCAAGGAAGGUCGCCAGAAGGUCGACUCCAUCAAGGUUGCUCUGAAGGCUGAAGGUGCUGAGCCCGUGGAGGCCACCGCUUCCCUGAAGUACAACCGCAACAGGAACAUCCUGACCGGCGCCAUCCAGGUGCCCGACUACGACGUGGAGGCCGGCAUCAAGGUUGGCAUGACCGACAGCAGCUCCCGCGGCAAGCAGAUCACCAUCGACAUCAGCGACCACACCGUCCCCAAGAUGUCCCUUAUCGCCCGCGCCAAGAUGGAUGCCAUGACUGAAGGCCUCGUCCAGCUGCAGGUGCAGGUGCCCUCCCUGAGCACUGACGCCACCUUCACCGCCACCAUGAGGAACGACGCCCAGCUCACCCUGGAGGUCGAGAGCGACAUCAAGCUCCCCGAGACCAACUCUGCCCAGAAGGUCACCCUCAUCUACGGAGACGACAGCGUGGAGGUUCUGGUGAAGUCCGACAUGAACACUGAGGUCCAGAAGGUUCUGCCCAGCACUGAGGCCGUCCAGAACUUCCUGCAGCAGCUGAGCCAGGACAUCCUGGACCAGAGAGUCGUCAAGACCGACAUGAAGCUCCGACACAUCUACAACAAGGCCAUCGAGGCCUCCCAGAUCUGGAUGGACAAGGUGUCCGCUGACGCCCCCUUCCUGUCACAGCUGAGAGAGAACAUGCCAGAAGUCGUCAUCCCCAGCAUCCCUGAGAGGCUCUACCUGCAGACGGAGGCUGGCAUCAAGUACGUGUUCAACCACAACACCAUCACCGUGACGAUUCCUCUGCCCAUGGGCGGCAAGUCCUCCGAGGAGCUGAGCAUCCCAGAGACCCUCUCCACCCCCGAGCUGAGCGUGCGCCAGGUUGGCCUGGUGCUGCCCUCACAGCAGCUCACCAUCCCCGCGUUCACCGUCCCCGCCCAGUACGACCUGACGCUGCCCCUGUUCGGCAUGGCCGAGGUCACCGCCAGAAUCAACAGCAACGCCUUCAACUGGGAGGCCGCCGUCUCCGCGGGCAACGACUCUGUGGACGCCCCGGCGUACGUCGCCAAGUACAGGAUCACGGCCGACGGCCCCGUGGAGAUCCUCUCCUUCACCACCGAGGGAUCUGCCAGAAUUGCUGAUGCUCCCCUGGAGACUCUCAAGUGCACCGCUAGCGCCUCCCUGAACCACAAGUACCUGGAGUCUCGCUUCAGCAUGGAGGAGUCCUACGUGCUGCAGGAGACCGUCAAGGCUGAGGGCAAAUACGAGCUUGAGAUGUUCAGCCCCCUGGGCAUGCAGACCUCCCAGAAGUGCACCGUGCAGACCUCCCUGGGCUCCGAGCUCAACGGAGACGUCAACAUGGACGGAACUCUCACCCUGGGCUCCAUGACCGGAACCUCCAGCCUGGUGUUCAACUUCUUCGCCAACCCCAGCAGCAAGGAGGGCACGGCCGAGUCCACCUUCCGCCUCACCUUCCCCGUCGCUCAGAUCCGCAACAAGAUGAAGCUGACCUCCGACGCAGAGCACGCGCUCCUCGACAACACCUUCGUCGUCAACCACGAGACCGUCAAGCACACCACCAAGGUGACCGUGGAGCAGAAGGAGGGCCAGGUGACCAUGAAGACCGAUUGCAUGACCAGAGCCGACGAGAGCGUCCUGCGCCACCAGUUCGACAUGGCCGCCACCAUGGAGAAGAUGACCGUGAGGUUCGACUCCCAGGCAGAACACCAGACCAACCGCGCCGUCGCCGCGGUGACCGCCGCCCUGGACCAGAACGGCCUGGAGCUGAACGCAGACGCCUCCAUGAACGUCGACGAGCACCGCGGCGCCCACAAGGGAUCCCUGCUGCUCAACAGGAACGGCCUGACCACCAGCUGCACCACCGACAUGCAGCUGCUGGAUCUGAACAUGGACAACACCGUCCAGGCUAAUGUGGACACCACCGGCGCCACCCUGUCCGUGAACGGCAAGGCCACCUACCACGAGAACAGCGCUGAGCUGAAGAUCGACGGCAAGGCUGCAGUCACCGAGGUCACCCUCAACGGUCUGUUCAAGGGCGACCUCUUCAGCGCCAACACCCGCAACCUGGUCAACUUCCGUCUGGACCAGGAAGGCCUGGUGGUCUCCAACAGCAUGGCAACAUCUCUCAACGAGAUCCACACUGACACCACCCAGUCCCUCAAGGUCACCCUCGACUCCCUGAAGGUCAGCUCCGUCUCCGACAACGUCCUCAGCGACGGCAACUCCUACAAGCACGACGUGUCUGUCGACCUGCAGAAGUUCGCACUGGCCGUGAUCAUGAACAACGACCUGAAGGUCCUGGGCGCCCACCUGCUCAGCGAGGCCAAGUUCAACGCAGAGCCCUUCAAGAUGUCCGCCACCGGCCUGCUGAAGGGAGCCUACGGGCAGGAGGAGGUGAGACACACCUACGAGAUCGCCUUCGCCAACAAGGUCGCCUCCGUCAAGUGCAGCAGCAACGGCAACGUUCUGGGCGCACAGAUGACCCACAGCUCCGAGCUGGAGAUCGACGGCCUGACUGCAGCCAAGUACAACGGCGAGGCUCGCUUCAACUCCCCAGUCCUGCGUCUGUCCGGCACCCUGGGCGCCAACGUGGUGCCCUUCACCAUCACCGUCGACGGCAUCCUGAACUCCGAUGGCGAGCUGAACCUGUACGGAAAGCAGACCGGAGAGCUGUACAGCAAGCUGCUCCUCAAGGCCGAGCCGCGCUCCCUCACACACGCCCUCGAGUGCCGCGCCUCCUCCUCCCACCAGAUGGACAGCGGCGUCUCCGUGGAGACCAGCUUCCAGAACAAGAUGGACGCCCUGGCCGUCCCCGAGGAGCAGAGCGUGUCCGUCAAGAUGGAGUACAAGGUGAACGAGCACACUCUCCACCAGGAGCUGAAGGCCUACAACAACGCCGAGAGGAUUGGCAUGGAAGUGUCCGGCACCGCCGCGACCAAUCUCCUCAACAAGGAGGGCGAGGACAACCAGGACUUUGCCAUCUCCGGCUUCCUGAAGUACGACAAGAACAGCGACAGCCACUUCAUGGAGAUUCCUCUCGUUCAGCACCUGCCAGAGCUCAUGGAGCAGGCAACCAUGACCGCCCAGAAGCUCUCAGGAAACGCCAUGACGAUGCUGGAGCAGGCCGACGAGCAGUACCACAUCCGCGCCACCGUCGAGGAGAAAGCACGAGAGCUGAAGGAAGUCAUCGACACCUUCGACGUCGAGCUGUUUGUCCGCGACUUGAGCGAUUUCGCAGAGAAGACCGUGCAGCGCGUCCUGAGAAUCGUUCCCACCGAAGAAGUCACCAGGGUCCUGAAAUCCAUCUGGGACGCCAUCGUCACCUGGGUGACGCAGAACCAAAUCGCCGAGAAGCUGGAGACGCUCUACACCAGGAUCGAGGAGGUCGUGGCUCAGUACAACUUUGACAGCAUGGUGGAGAAGGUCAUGAACACCGCCGUGGAGGUCAUGAAGCAGUACCGAGUGAAGGAGAACUUCCAGGAGGCCGUUGUGGCCCUGCAGUCCAUCGACUACACCCCCCUGCUGGAGAAGUACCAGGAGAUGCAGAGCAAACUCGCCGCCGAGCUGCAGGCCUUCGACUUUGAACAGAUGCUGGUGGACCUCAAGGAGUAUCUGACCAGGCUCUUCGACAACGUCAAGUCUGUCGACUUCGAGAGCUAUGCCGCUGAGGCCAAGAACAUGGCUGUUGAGAUGACCCGCGUGCCUUGCUUCGGCAAGCUGUACGGCGAGUUCAAGAUCACCUCCCCAGAGCACAACCUGGCCGCCACCGCCGAGUUCCAGAACUCCACCACCACACCUGAGACCCCAGAGUUCAGCGCCACCCUCAGCUCCCAGCUGACGUCUUCCUUCGACCUGCUGGCAUACAAAGUUGACGCCAACGCCCACAUCGCCGCUCCCAAGAGGGACCGCCUGUCCCUGAUGGAGUCCGUCAAGAUGAGCCACAUGUCCGCCUCCGUGGACCACCAGGCCUCCGCAACCCUCUACGGCCUCGUGGGCCAGGCCUCCGCCGAGACCACCCUCAAGGCCACCACUGAGCCCUACGCUGCUGAGUUCGUCAACAAGGCCUUCGUUGCCAUGGAGAACGGAUUCUCCACCACUCUGGAGACCUCCUACAACCACAAGGUGUCCAUGCCCGUGGCCGACAUCUUCAGCGAGACUUCCAUGAAGCAGAAGGCUGUUGCUCAGUUGGAGGCUGGAACCAUCACCGUGACCGUGUCCAACGAGGGAACCGGCAAGUACUCCGUCGUGGAGACGCUGGCCGACGACGGCUUCCACAACAGCAACCUGGAGAUGGAGCUUAACCUUGAGAACAUCAAGGUGACCUUCACCGGCGAGACCAACACCGACAACCUGAAGCUGAAGCAGAACCUGGAUGCCGUGGCAACACCCUUCUCUCGCAUCACCGUCACCGCCCACUCCGAGGCUGAGGCGCCCGUCUUCAUCAAGAGCAGCGUCUUGGACAUGAAGGUCGAAGGUCAGGUGGAGGAGCCCAGGCUCCUGCUGACCGCCACCCACAACACCGAGAUGAUCGGCAGAGUCGAGGGUGUCGUCGCCAACUCCAUGGAGUUCGAGGUCACCCCCCUGGAGGUGCGCUUUGACUGCAAGAACAAGGAGAACGCCAAGCUCUCUCUGCCCAUGGACAUCUCCGGCAAGGUCGACCUCCAGAACGACGUCGCCGUCACCGUCAACCCCGCCGAGCAGAAAGCCAGCUGGACCGGCCUCGCCCGCUUCAACCAGUACAAGUACUCUCACUUCCUGUCCGCCGGCAACGCUGAGAAGGACAUGCACGUCUCCGCCACCCUCAACGGCGAAGCCGCACUCGACAUGCUGACGGUUCCCAUCGAGAUCCCCGCCAUGACCGUGCCCUUCGUCGGCAUCAGCACGCCCUCUGUGCAGAGCGUGUCCGUCUGGGACGCCGCCGGUCUCGAGAGGUUCCUCAUCACCCCCCAGCAGACCUUCAGCCUGGAGUCCAAGUGGACCUACACCAAGAACCCCGAGAUGAUGUCCGUGGAGAUCGACAUGGAGCCCGUGCUCAACGCCAUCAACGUGAACGCCGACGUCCUGCGCCGCUACCUGGAGCAGGGUAAGGACAGUGCCGCCGACGUGCUCUCCACCUCUCUGGAGAAGAUCCCCAAGAGCAUCAGCCUGCCCGGCUUCACCAUCCCCGUAGCCAACGUGGAGGUCUCCCCCAACUUCAUCACCGUGCCAGACCUCAGCGCCAUCUCCAUGCCAACGCUGCCCGUUGCAGUGCGCAUGCCUCAGGUCUCUCUUCCCAGCAUGAAGCAGACGCUGCUGAUCCCCACCUUCGGGGAGCUGAACUACAUCCUGUCCGUGAAGACCGCCAUGCUCACCCUGAACGGCAACGCCGACCUCCUCAACCAGGAAGACAUCGUCGCACGCUUCAGUGGCCAGUCCGCCUCCGACCUGCCCUCCAUCGACCUGAACGCCAAGACCUCCGGCAGCGUCACCUUCAGCGUUGCUAACGGCCUGCAGACGGCUCUGUCCCUGCAGCACGCCGCCGUCGAGGGCAGCCACACCGGAACCCUCACCCUCGCCCUCGCUAAGGUCUCCAACGCCGCCAAGCUGCCCGCCAUGCCCUUCGAGCUCCAGCAGGAGGCGACAGUUAGCGCUCCCGAGGGCCUGACCGCCUUCGUCUCCUCCCCAACCCUCGGUCUCCUCGGAGCUGAGGUGCAGAAGAAGAGCGGCAGGAUCUACGCCAGAUACCCAUCUGAGCCCGAGGCUGACGUGGACAUCCUGGGUGUGGAGAUGAACAUCGACGAGUCCAAGCAGCUGCAGAUCGAGACCCGCUGGAACAUGGAGGUGCCCCGUGAGGUAGCUCUCGCCCUGAAGGACCGGGUGCCCGAGAUCACCGCCACCCUCAACGUCAAGGAGAUGAUGAGCGAGCAGGCCGACGCCGCCUACGAGAUGGCCAGCAACGCCCAGGUCUACCUGCAGAGGGCCUCAGAGUACCUCCAGGAGCAGGGACAGGUGGUGUACAACAACGCUGCCGACAAGAUCGCCGCCGCUGACUUCAGCGAGUACAACGCCAAGAUCUCCGAGAUGGCCAUGAUGCUGCUUCAGAAGUACGAGACGCUGCUGCAGAACCUGUUGGACGCUGCCGUCACCGUCCUUAGACAGACCAAGAUCCCCUUCCCCGGGUACGAGGAGGACCUGUCCCUCUUCCAGCUCUACAACGAGAUCAGCACCUUCGUCGGAGACUUCACCGAAGACGCUCUGACCAGGAUCCCCGAGAUGAUCGCCGCCUACAGCCAGACCGUCGUGGAGUACAUCCGCUCCGUCGAGUUCACCCUGCCCGGCUCCACCCACGUCGUCAACGGCGGCGAGAUCCUGGACGACCUGACUCAGGCCUUCAGCCGACUGCAGGCACAGGUCAUCGCCGUGGUUGAGCAGCUCAGCACCAUCACCCUGGAGAGCAUCAUGGACAAGAUGGCCGACAUCGUGCGCAUCAGCGCCGAGAAGGCACGAGAGCUCGUCACCGCCGUCACCUCCCAGGACCUGGAGGGCUUCGCCGCCUGGCUGAAGAGCGUCUACUCCGACUUCCUGAACUCCCAGAUCUUCCACGACGUCUCCGCCAAGGCCGCCGAGGCCAUGAACGUGGCCGAGCAGUACUACGGCCAGGUCAAGUCCCGAUUCGACGAGGUCGUGGUCGACUUCUCCGUUGAGCAGCUGAACGCUGACCUGCAGGCCUGGAUCGAGUCCGUUGUCGAGCGCCUCACCGCGCUCCAGACCAAGAUCGUGGAGGUCCUGAUGGAGGCGUCUCAGAGGGCGCAGGGUCGCGUCACCGUGAGCGAGGACAGGGUGGUCGUCACCAUCCCCCUCCCCGUCCAGCUCGCAUAAAUAUAAACAAACAAACAAACAAACAAAGACUGCCAUUUUGUUCUGCUUGCAACAGCCAAGUCAACACAUGCUACUGAUGUCUACUGAGUGGUGAAAACAGCCAAGUCAACACAGGCUACUGAUGUCUACUGAGUGGUGAAAACUGCCAAACUACCUGCCUGGGGAGAAGCCUAGAGAGGAGAGAACUUAACAAUGCUGUAUUUAAACCAACCAACAACCAAUUUUUAUAAGCAAUGACAAAUAUUACUACCACCAACUGAAGGUUAUUGAUGCCUUGUGUGUUCUUUUUCUUGUGAGAGGUUAAUUAUCAUCUGCUGUGUUAUUGUCUUGGAUGAGUAACUUAACAUCCAUUUUCAUUUCCAUGUCUAUCGUGUUAUUCUAUUUAAACCACCCCUCGAGGGUUAAAGUAUUAAUAAACAACAUUUGUACAGCAUUGGC